AUGCUGAUACGCCGUGGCAAAGCAGAAGGCUGGCUCCAGCUCGAUACCAAAGCUCUCAAGACAUGGGCUGAGGCCAGUGGUAUCACAUUCAAGAACGCCUCGCCGACUGCUGUGCCAGGGCGUGGGACGGGCUUGCUCGCGGACAGAGACCUCAAGACUGAGUCAUCACUUCCGACAGAAAUUUUGACCAUUGACGAGGAACUCGUGCUCUCUGGUGAGGCUGUCAGACGACAUGCACAAUUCGACAAGGACUUCAGAGAAGUGCUUGAGAGCUUAGGUGAUUUCGGAAGACGCAAUCUUAUGGGUCAUGCGACGCCUCGAGGUGCUAUCCUGUCUUUCCUUCUUUUCCAAGCUUCUCUCUCCUGUCCUCAUCUUGAAGAGCGUGUUGGCGUGCAUUGUGCUUUCACAGACUACGUAAAAUCACUACCUAGCGAACUCCUCCCGACCUUUUGGACUCCGGAUGAGCUCCAAUUGCUGAUUGGCACAACUCUCGCUCCCGCAGUAUCAUCGAAGCUCAAAUCGCUUCACCGGGAGUAUGACUUACUAUGUGAAGCAGCGUCAAACACUCGUUGGUAUAAUAUCGUGUCGCCUCAUCUCUCCUUCGAUGACUGGCUACAAGUCGACGCGAUGUUUCGCUCCCGAGCACUGGACUUUUACGGCUCUUGCAUGAUUCCCGGCAUGGACCUUGCUAGCCACGCCGCUCACGAGAGAACAAACGCCUUCUAUGAUCGAGCAGAUGGGAAGUAUCACCUGUACCUGAUGAAAGAUAAGGAGCUUAAGGCUGGCGAAGAAGUGUGUAUCACAUAUGGGGAUGAGAAAGGGGCAUGUGAGAUGCUCUUCUCCUACGGCUUCCUCGACGAUCACAUGGACACAGCAGAGACCUUAUUCCUCAGCCUGAACAUCCCCGAAGAUGACAUCUCUCGAUCCGCAAAGAUGAAGAUCGCCAAUUGUGCUCCCGGCUUCAAGCUCAUCGACAUCUCAUCAUCAUUCGCCCCAAACAUCAACGAUCCCGCAAAUUCCACACAAGACCUAAAUGAAGACGACCCAUCAUCCUCAGGCACAAUAGACUGGACCGGCGACUUCAUCUAUCUCCUCUGCGUGACCCCCUCCGACGGCCUCGAAUUUCAGCUCGCCCAAACCAUCGACACGACUUCCGAGCCCGAGCUCCAGGCCACCUUCAACGGAACCGAACUUCCCGAAGGCGCCAUCUCGCUACGCCGUCUCCUCGCAGCAAGCGACAAGUGGGACGUCUACUGUCUCCGCGCAAUCGUGAUCCUGCAGCAAAGAGUCUUUGAGCAGAUGCAAGUCCUCUACAGCUCGCAAGAGGAUAUGGAGAGUGUACCGCACGGCGAGGGAACGGACGUAAGAGAUGUGUGUUAUGAGCAAGCGAUGAAAUUGAGACGAUUGGAAUUUGAGCUUUUGGAGAAGGCCUACGAGGAUUUUGAGAAGCAGAAAAUUGAAUUGGCAGAAACGCCAGCUGUCAAGAAAUUUUUGGCCGAGGUGAAUGGGAAUGUCGGGGCAGAGGACGACGCGAUAGGUUCGUCAGAAUCCGCCAUGGCGAAGCGCUCAUCUCGAACCAACCUGAAGAUGUGGAUGCUGAACCCGGAUAUUUCAGGAAAGCUUUGCGCCAAAUCUGGCAAGUAG